UUGGCUCAAGGGUCAAGUUUGAGACGCUGGAGUAUUGCUGCCUGCAGCUGUUGCGCCCCUCGCUACCUCUCGCAGCUCACUCCUCGUACACACGCAAUGGCAGUGUUCAGCAUGAUGGUCUCCCUUCCCGUUUUGCCGAUGCUCGUGAUCGUUCUCGUGCUCACGACUUGUGCUGCCAUCGAGGACAUCUGGCUCUUCGGCAUCGAGCCCUACACCAUCGUAGUGCCGGUAGGUUUGUCCGUCCAGAUCGGCAAGGAGUUGAUGCUGGACGAGAUCAACAAGAAGGCCGACCUCUUGCCUGGCUACAGGCUCCGUGUGGCACAUCAAGACGGACAGUGCAGUGCCGACCGCGUCUCCAACAUGUUCUUGAGCAACCUCUUCAAGGAUACAUACGAAGUGUUCGCGCCCAGGGUGGACCCACUGACUCUCAACAGAGACGGGGUCGGCGCGGUCUCGUAUGACGACUCGAGCAUCUUCAACGAGGUGUGGACCUCUGCAAACAUGUCUGGCGGGCCCGUUGGCCUCAUCGGAGGCGGGCGUUCAGGGGGAACCAUGGCCAUCAACAAUGUCGCUGACAUGGCCAACGUUCCCAUCGUGUCGGCGCUGUCCAGCAACCCAGGGCUCUCCGACCGCAGCAAGUAUCCGAAUUUCUGGAGGACUGUCAUGCCGGACACCCAGUUUGCUGGAGCAUGGAUGGCUACAACGAAGGUCUUGGGCUUCUCAGACAUGACCGUGGUCAUCGGCGAGACGUCAGUGAGGACCCCCCACGCUGCAUCCGUGCUGAGGCAGUCAGAAGCCCACAGAGUGGCCCUAAAGGGCGUGGACCUCAGCGAGGAGUUCGAGUGGCAUGGCGAGCCCCUAGAGGGCUUCGCAGGGUACCAGGUGCCGAUCAACUCUGUUACUGCUGCAUUCGAGGCCGCGAAAGGCAUCCGGCAACAGAACCGCCGGAUUGUGCUGACCAUGAUGUAUGACGAUCGGCUGAGGAUGCUGUUCUGUGAGUGCCACAAGCUCGGUUUGGACAACUUCAUUUUCAUGGGUCCCGGCUGGCUCGGCGACGGGUUCUGGCGCACAGCCGACGACACAGAGUGCUCGAUUGAGCAGGUGACGCACCAGGCGAAGGUUUGGAUCGUGGCUGACGCGCGGUUCUGGCGCUCUGACAUGACCACUAGGCUAACCUGCUCGGAUGACAUGACCGCCGCGGACUUCCAGGCCAAGUGGCUGGAGAGCCAGCGCAUCAACCUCACGACAUUCGGCGUUAAGGCGGGCCAUUCCCUGGAGGACCUGAGGCAGCGCAAAUCGGCGGUGUAUAACGAGAUCCAGGAGAUCUUCAACAGCACCGACUUCGAGGGGAACAGUGGCCGCAUCCGCUUCGAGCCGAACUGCCCGGAUCCUGCCAGCUCCAUCAUAGUCCAGCAUUUCCAGUCCAUCCGGGAGGACUACGUCGAUAUCGGGGAGUACAACGCGGACGGAGUGCUCACUUUCUUCGGAGUUUCCGACUUUGAGUUCAAGAUGCCUGGAGAUAUCUCUGUUGCUGGGCCUGUGGAUGCUACCAGCCUUGCUGGUCAGCCAGUGGCCUUCGACACUUGUCCUCACGGAAUGAUUCUGAACUAUGCGUCAAACGUCUGCGUGCACUGUGGUGACUCAGAGGUGUUCGUUGAUGCACUCGGCGGCUGUACUUGUAAGGCUGGCUUCGUCUCAUCGACGGAGGGCUGCGUCCCUUGCGAGGCGGGCACGCACGUCGACGUUGUCGGGCAGAACGCCUGCAUUGACUGCGAGACCGGUAGGUUCAGCGACGAGGCCGGUGCCACUGCGUGCGAGCGGUGCCCGCGGGGCUCUUUCGCAAACUCCACAGGAAGGGCCAGCUGUACCGACUGCCCGCACAAGGAGUCCGGGAAGACCACGGGUGGCUUGGGUACAGAGUCAGAAGAGGACUGCCAGUGUGGGGUCGGCUCCAAGCCGGUCGCGAGCGAUGGCAGCUGCGAUGCGCGCGGCGAGGAGGAUGAGACUGGCCUCGUGUGCCUUGGCAACGAUGUGGUGGAGGUGGCAGCAGGCUUCUACGCGGCCGACGAGUCGCUGUCCGUGUUCCGUUGCUACGGCAGCAACCCCACGCUGCGCUGCCGUGGCGGUCUGGCAGGCCAGACCUGCGCAUCUGGCCGCGCUGGCAUCAGCUGUAGCGAGUGCCAGGAAGGCUCGAUGCCCAAGGAGGACGGCAGCUGUGUGCCGUGCGAGGCAGAGGGCAAUAGCUCGACGGCCCUGGUGCUCGUGGUGGUCGCCCUCUUGGUGGGCCUCUCCGCUAUGUACGGUGUCAUCGACAGGUUCAAUACCGCGAAGUACAGCUACGCCAUGCUGCUGCCGCUGGUGGGAAGCAUCUUGGUGACGAUCGUGCAGCAGCUGGCGGUGCUCGGCGCUUUCAAGGCCGUAACCUGGCUUGCGCCAAUGACUGGCUUCCUUCUGGGCCUCGAGCUGGGAACUUUGGACGUCGAGUUCUUGAACCUUGGCUGCGUGGGACGGAUCUCCCCCCUGGGCCGCUUCAUCGUGAAGCUGCUAGUGUUCUACAAGGGCAGAUUCUCGGACAGGUUGCACAUUUUGAUCGCCUGUCUGGGCUCAUGCGCCACAGUCUUCUACAUUUCUGUGAUCUCGGCCGUGCUUGGACCGAUACAGUGCCUGAAGAACCCGAAUGGCAAGUGGACAGCUCGACCCUUUCCGUCUGUCGUUUGCUGGGAAUCUGAUGAGCACUCCGUGAUGGCCGCCAUCGGCGCAAUCGCUCUUCUCAUCCCGAUCGGCUACCUGGUCCAGUGCUGCUUGACUGCAUUGCGCUUCCCUAGGAUGAUGAGUGAGGACCACGCGUCCUACCUGCAGUCCUACGCGUUCCUUUUCUUCCGUUACAAGCCGGAGACCUAUUGGUAUUGCCUGGUGCAACUCCUCCGCAGCUUGCUGCUGGCGGUUGUGCUGGCGCUCCCUGACGUCGCGUUCCAGCUGAUGAGCAUGCAGCCCAUUCUGGUCCUUCAGCUCUGCUGUGUGGUGUACUACCUGCCGUGGCGCGUGCCUGGAUCCAACUCCCUCGAUGCCACGUUCACGGUCGGCGUGGUGGUGGUGCUGGCAUGUGCUUCCUUCUAUGUAGACGCACACCCAGGUGAUGUCCUGGCCUGGCUCUCCAUCGUGUUGGUGGCUAUCAUGCUGUGCUCGAUGCCCGUCAUCGGCGCAGUGGUGCUCUACCGUGAGCUGACACUCAGAGGCGACAAACCGUUCAAGUUCUUCAUUUGUCACGGCAUGGCUGGCGCUGGUGCCUAUGCGCGUCUGCUCAAGAUGCACAUGGAGAAGAGGGUUGUCAGGGUAGGCAUCGACAAUGCUUGCGCUGGCGCCAGUCUCGACACCAUCAUGGACCAGGUCGGCACGCAGACCGAACGCUUGAUCGUUUUGGCGUCGAAAGGCUUGCUCCAGAGGCACAGCUCCGUGAACAUGACCAUGACAGCGAAGCGCAAGCAGGUACAGAUGGCGAAGGUGACAAUGCCCGAGUACACCGAUCCAGAGGAGGAGUUCAUCAAUUCGUACGAGACAUACUUCAGCGACUUGUCGGUGCUCGCCAAUGGCGGCUUCGCAGUUUCGAACGUCAAAGAUGCCCUGCGCUGGUUUUGUGGCCUCCAGGGAAUCCCUGCGAGCCGGCAGCUGACCAGCACCUCGCUCGAGGAGAUCUGCAGCGAGCUGAUUGGGAAGGCUGCGCCGCCAGCGAGCGAGGCUGGUGGCGAUCCGCCCCCAGACUUCGUUACUGUCAUCGUGCACGACAGCAAUAAUUUGGAGGCCACCGCCACUGCCAUGGUCCUGGAGCGCAUGUUGGAGCCGUCCUUCGGGGCUGGCAAGUCGCCGAGGGUGCUGUCCGCUGGCCAGCCUGUGCCCUCUUCGGCCAAGCAGGUGCUCCGCGUCAACUCCGACGGGAUUGCCGUGCGCUUGCUUCACGGGGAAUGGACCAAGAGCCUCCUUGAGUCGAGCGUGACCAGCGAGAACCAAGUGCCUGACCUUGCAAUCAUCUCAAGCAGAUAA